UGCCGCAGCAGCCUCGACACCGUCCUCUGACCCUGACCGGUGAUAGCGCCCGGUAAGUCCGCCGCGUCCGUCAUCGCUCUAUCGCUUUAGCUUCGGACUUUGCGAGAGACUACGAUUAAUGGCAGCAGCGGAUGCGGAUUCUGCGGAUAGCCGAGGCCGACCAACUUGUCUAGGUUAGAUCGAGUUGGAUCAGGUUAGGAUAAGGAUUAGAUCGGGUCAAGUUAGGACACAGGAGCCAUAAACGUUACGAGACUACUAGGGGUGCGUUCGUAAACCUUACCCGCUGAGGUAUAGGUUAACUUGACGGGGACUAGUCAGUGAACGUGUAGGGACACAUCAAUCUUCAAGGACUACCUAAAGUUUAUGAACGAUCUUGAGCAAACUAUAUUAUACACGAAAGAAAGCAUGAGUAGUGACAGAGAAAAAGCAAUUAUUGGCACGGCAAUAUCAAUAGGAAAAAAACUUUUGUCCAAUUACGAAUUUGAUUCCGAUUCAUCAUUAUCUGAUAGUGAAACUGAAAUUUUAUUGACACUUAUUUGCUCAAAAAAAAAGAGAAACAAGGCUAAACGCAUUGAAAGAUAUGUGGAAGAAACCAUUCAUCAUUUCACUGACAAACAAUUUCAGUCAAAUUUUAGAAUAACACGUGAAACUUUCCAAAGUUUACUUAUUAUUGUUGGUCCACAAAUAGAAAAUACUAAUACUACUGGAACUGGGAGACCAAUGGUCCCAGUUGAAAAACAGUUAUUAGCAACAAUAUGGCUAUUAGCGACGCCAGAUUCUUAUAGAUCAGUUGGAGAAAGAUUUGAUUUAAGCAAAUCUACAUUAUUUUCCUGCUUUGUUCGAAUUACGACAGCUUUAAAUGAUUUAGCACCUCAAGUGAUUCAUUGGCCAACAGAACAGGAACUUCCAUUGGUAAAAGAAAAAUUUAAAGCUAUGGCUGGAAUUGAUGGUGUUAUAGGUGCUCUCGAUGGGACAUAUGUACCAAUUAAAGCACCAUCAAAGGAUCCAGAAACAUAUCGAAAUCGUAAAAUGCAGUACGCCAUAACGCUGCAAGCAAUUUGCGAUGCUAAUUUAAAAUUCAUAGAUAGUUAUUCAGGAUAUCCUAGUUCAGUACACGAUGCUAGGAUUUUUAGAAAUUCUGACAUUUAUAAUUUGAUACGUCAAAAUCCAGAAAAGUAUUUUCCAAAUGAUGAAUUUAUUUUAGCCGAUAAAGCUUAUCCUACUUUAAAGUGGUGUAUUACUCCAUAUAUAAAUCGAGGAAAUUUGACAAGACAGCAGGGAAUUUUUAAUACACGAGUUUCACAGACAAGACAAACAAUUGAAAGAGCAUUUGCUCUUUUAUUUGGUCGAUUUAGACGCUUAAAAUAUUUGGACAUGAACAGAGUCGAUUUAAUACCCAAAACGAUACUUGCAUGCUGUGUUUUGCAUAAUAUAUGUCUAGAUUUUAGCGAUGAUUUGAUAUGCGAAUAUGUACAAGAAGGUAUGGAGGCAAUAAUGGAAAAACCACAGGAACAAAUUAUAUAUGAAAAUGAAAAUGAAAAACGACUUGGAAAUGAACGUCGCGAUGCACUAUGCAAAGCAUUAAAUCAAAAUCGUCGACAAAUGUAAUAUGUUCUCAGUGCUAUAUUCUGUAAUAUAACAUAUAUUCUAUAAUAUAUUUUAUAACUAUAUU